ACCAAGUUAUUCUUUUCAGGUUGUUGUCUAAAAAACUACAGUCAUCAGUCACAAUUCACAGAUGUCAUCUUUAAAACUAGCAUUAUUGCUAUGGAUCUGGAGCUGUUGGAAAGCUCAUGGAAUGGAUGUACACAUGGCGGCGUUCAGCCAACCAAGACCGAAAUCUCUGGAAUCUCUUGGAAUAAACACACAGCAUUAUCACAAAAGUGAAGCUAAGCUGUCAACUUUAGCGAAGCUGGCUGCAGAGUAUCCUCAUCUGCUGAGCGUGUAUUCUAUUGGUGAUUCAGUGCAAGGACGGCCACUCCUGGUGCUUAAAAUCAGCACCGACAAAGAGCAAAGGAAGCUGGAAAAACCCAUGUUCAAGUAUAUCGGAAACAUGCAUGGAAAUGAGGGAGUUGGGCACGAAAUUCUGCUCUACCUCACUGGUCACUUGCUUUAUAAUUAUGGGAAGGAUAACAGAAUUUCGCGGCUGAUUAACACUACGGAAAUCCAUAUUAUGCCUACGAUGAAUCCCGACGGUUUUGAACUCGCUCAGCCUGGCGAUUGUAAUGGAUAUGAUGAACGUUCUGGGAGGACAAAUGCCAACGGAGUUGACCUGAACAGAAAUUUUCCAGACCAGUUUCGGACAAAGCCACUAACGCCGGAGACCAUCAUGGCCGAUCGUGAGCCAGAAACUCUGGCUGUCAUGACGUGGAUCAUCAACAACCCGUUCGUGCUGUCGGCAAACCUGCACGGCGGCUCCGUGGUGGCCAGCUAUCCAUACGAUGACACGCCACAGCCGAACCCGCGAGGCUGCUGUGUGGCCAGCGACGGGCCCGAUACGGCGCUGUUCCGCCGGCUGGCGGCCAUCUACGCCCAAGGACAUGCGUUCAUGCACCGUGGAGAGGACUUUUGUCACAUGAAUGAGAGGUUUGCUGGUGGGAUUACAAAUGGCGCCAUGUGGUACGACGUGCCGGGUGGAAUGCAGGACUUCAACUACGUGUUCAGCAACUGCGUGGAAAUCACCGUCGAGUUGUCGUGUUGUAAGAUGCCACCAGAGUCCAAACUUCUCACAGAAUGGAAGAGCAACAAGAAAGCCCUGUUGGAUUAUAUUGAAGCAGUCCAUAUGGGCGUCAAGGGCCUCGUAUUUGACGAGAAUAACAAUCCUAUCCACGGCGCGUUUGUUGGUGUAGAGGGCAUCGACCACAAUGUGACGACCACCGAGCGAGGCGAAUACUGGCGCCUUCUUCUUCCUGGAGAAUAUACGCUCUUUGCCAGUGCCGUAGGCUUCCAGGCGAUGCGUGCUUCGAUCACGGUGAAGGAUGGUGAGACAUCACGACAUGUGUUCCAUUUACCUCGCCGCUCGGAUUCUUCGGCACCGGACAGCUCGUCUGAUCAAGUGGCCGCGGCCAUAGCCGGAGGCGCCUUUGUGUCAAAAAUCGGUCCGUCGGCGACGCCUCCGCCGCCAACUGUGUCGAGCAGCACCGCCUCGCCACCCACCAAGGAACCGGAACUGGCGCAGACGCUGUCGGCUGAGUUUCUCACGCCGCCGGACUGGCAGCAUCACGACUACGCCAGCAUGGAGUCGUGGCUGAGGGACCUGGCCACGCGCUACCCUGACAUCACUCGGCUGUACUCUGCCGGCGUCAGCGUGCAGAACCGCCAGCUGUGGGUGCUGGAGGUCUCCGACAAUCCUGGACGGCACGAGCCGGGUGAGCCAGAAUUCAAGUACGUGGCCAAUAUGCACGGCGAUGAAACGGUGGGACGCGAGAUGCUGUUGCUGCUGGCCCGCUAUCUUUGCGAAACGUAUGCCACCAGUAAUCAAACGAGGGACAUUGUGAACAAGGUACGUGUUCAUAUUAUGCCUUCAAUGAAUCCUGAUGGGUAUGAAAACUCGACAGAGAAUGGGCCCUUCUCACAAUUCGGACGGAUGAACGCACAUGGCAUCGAUCUCAACCGCAACUUCCCUGAUCGCCUCGGAGUUUUCGCUCAAAAUGCAGAGCAGGAGCCCGAAACAGAGGCCGUGAUGCGCUGGAGUCGCCAGUACCCGUUUGUGCUUUCCGCUAACUUCCACGGCGGUUCGGUGGUAGCCAACUAUCCCUGGGACUCUGACAGCACCGGAACACCCGGCGUGUAUGCUGCCAGCCCCGAUGACGCCGUCUUCAAGAAGCUAGCCAAGGCUUAUAGCUUUGCUCACUUGACAAUGCACAAAGGAAAAGGCUGUGGUUGGAUUGAUGGGGAGGGAUUUACAGACGGAAUCACCAACGGCAAUCAUUGGUACAUCCUGAAUGGAGGUAUGCAGGACUGGAACUAUGUCAACACGAAUGACUUUGAUCUGACUCUAGAGAUAAGCUGCGUCAAGUUCCCGUUGGCUAAUGAGCUGCCUCAUUUCUGGAACGAGAACAAGAAUGCGUUGUUAACAUUCAUUGAGCAAGCGUUGAUUGGGGUAUCAGGCUUCGUGAAAGACACUAAUAACAACGCAUUGUCGAACGUCACCGUGUCUGUGGAGGGCAUCACCAAAGACGUAGUAACGGCGAAGGACGGAGACUACUGGCGACUUCUGGUGCCUGGCCAACACACGCUCAUUUUCCACGCACCAGGGUACCGGACGGAGCGAAGGCAGGUGACCGUGCCCGAUCUCGAGUCUCAGCAGGUGAACAUCACUCUGGCAGAGCAGGACGUUGUGCAUUGGUCAACCGAGGAUGACGUCAUACACCCGAAAAAUCAAACUCAGUCUUCCGUAGCUGGAUCACCGGAAGAAGGUGAGCAAAUAUGAACAAUCGGCCGUUUGUACUGUCGCCAACCGCUGGAGCAUUAGCUGCUUUGUUUUUACCGUGUUUAUCCUGGAAAAUUAGAAGCGGCUUGUGCUUCCUUAUUUUGAUGUUUCAUUCUUUGUCUACCAUGCUCCAUUUAAGAUGUAUCGACCUGCAACUCUGUGAUUAGCCUGCCUUGCUAGUGACUGGUGGGCGGGGAAAUCACUGCGUUUUAUUUACGUUGUGUAUUUGUUGUUUGCUUUGUUAAGUGUACUCAGACCAUGUUGUUUUUUAUGCUAUUCCACCCGUCUGUAAUUAGUUCACUUUGGAAACUGGCGCUUUCUUGCGGUUCAUUGCUUCACAUGAUGUAUUUCAUACCCGUACCAUGCCGUUACAUCUGGUUCGUCUCGUUUUAGGAUUGCUAUAGCGAUUUGAUUACCAGGAACAGCAAUACUCGUUAUAUCAAACAACAUGCGCACGUGUGACGUACAUAUGAUGUGUCACCGGCUAUCCGAGCAGUAAGUGUGUACAUCCACUCGUAUACUCUAAAGAGCUAAUAGGUGAUUGCUCGGUAAUUGCUUUUCGCAUGGUUUAGUGCACUCGGAGCAGUCCGUAUGCAUAGCAAUUCUGCUCCGGCUCCUUAUACAGUUACAGUCCUGCUCUUUGAAUCGCUAGCUCAGUCCAGUCAUCUCAGGCUCCUCCUUGCUGUUAGCUUCCUUUUGUGUGAGAGGUACCUACUGGCAUAAGUCUAAGUAAUUAUACAGGUGCAUGUUCGUGAUUCACUCACCUGCUGAGACGUCCAAUUUGCUCAUUUUUUCUCCUGUGGUAGCCCCUGGUAUACUGAUGCAUCUACAUAGUUUGGUUGACGCUGGAUUUGGAAGCGCUGUCUGGCCUUUUCAAUGAUCUCUCCUCUAUUCUAGCUUUCCUGGGGCACGGGCAUGAUACUAUUUUCCCUUUGAGAGGCAGCUCAAGGCCCAGUGUGUGUUGGUGGCGUCUUCCUCCACCGUGUCAUCGUCGCUGAAACUCGCUAUCGAGUUCGAUGCCUGGCUGAACUCGCUUCCAGACAGGGUCUUCCACCCGCUGUUCAUUGGUCGGAACCGACUGUGGUUCUCUUAGUAGGUACUUUUGAACUAUGGCCCAACUUAGGUUCUGAUGAGGGUUGGGUCUGCUUUUUUCAGUAGGUACGGCUCUCGCGAGAUUAAGCGGUAGGUUUUGCACUUUUAGAUUUCCGGCUAUAUCUCAGAAACUAAUCGAUCUACGAUGAAGCCAUGCCCGGCUUGUGAACCAACAAGUCGAUCGCAUCUUCAACACUUAAAAGCUUAAGACGACGAAGAUAUAGCCUGAAGUACACUAAAUUUUAUAGGUGCAAAACCUACCUCUAAAACCCGCGAGACCUGUAGAUACUAUAUAGUUUCCUUUAUGUUUUCCUACUCUGCUACGUCUUGCCAGUUGCCAUAGCCCGCAUGGUAGCGCAUAUUGAAUCCUGGCAACUAACUAGGAGUGGAUGUCGGACUGCAGACCUCAUGCUUCAUUCAGUCGUAUGCUUGGGUACAUGCUUAGGAAUCCAGUACAACACUGAAGUUCAAAACGUUCAGAUCAAUGGCAGCGUCUGUUGCUAGGUACUUGGGACAAUUCAGGCACAACAUUCCUAAUGUCGUAUCUGAGAGGCGUAAUUUGCAUAUCUUGGUUACAUGUGGAUAACUCAUUAUCGAUUUCAAUAUAAAUUGUCCUAACAUGACUAUGCCUGUGUCUCUGUGCUCGGGCAUAGCGCUUUAGAUACUCUGUAGGAAAGGUGUGUUUCAUUGAGGACAGUAGUGCCGCUCGCUUGACUUUGGCAGGCGACACUCUGUUGUUUUAUCGAUAUUUGACUGUCUAAGGCCAGCUUCUGUGUGUUGUUAUUGUGUAUUGUUGCGACUUUUAACUCUUGAGUGAGCUCUGGGUUUUCCUGACGUAAUCGAUCCGGUGCGUGGUCCUUAGUGCCGUCUUCAUUUGAGGUUUGAUUCUAGGUAAUGCUCGGCGGCUGGAUGGUUCGACUUAGGGUCGUUGCCAACAUUAUCCUUGCCCUGACCCAAAAUGGCCUUUACUGGUGUUUCCAAAGGGCGGCUAGUAUGCCAUGGUCGGCGUCCAUCGAAAGUGCUCGAGGAGCAAUCGGAUAUAGGUAUAGCUGUACACCGCUUAGUGGUUCUAAAUCAUCUUUUCGUGUCAGUCCUAAUAGCAAUUCGUUUCCUAUGUGUUUUAUAGAAAUGUGUAUCAGUUCAUUUGGUUGGCAUAGAAAUGCUCAUGAUGAGAUUUGUUGCUUUGUUCGACAUGUACGUCCCGUGGCGGGUACUUUAGGUAUACCUACAGCUGUGGUCAAUCACACGUCUUGUUCGUAGAUAUACGUGAGUAGGAGCGCGUUUUUUGUUGCUCAUCAUUCGUGUGGUAUGUUUAGCAUAACAUUGUUUCAAGGUGGCAGGUUGUGCUUUUAACUCGGGAAGGUCUGUGACCGUCAUGCUUUUUAGAGUGAUAAAACGUCAGAACCGAUUCGAUAUAUGACAGGCUGUACAACUGAAGAACAUGGCACAGUAGAAAUAGAGCUGUAGAAAUAGUGGGCUGUGGUGAUUGGAUUUCAUCUCGUAGUGCACGCGCAUUGUUAUGUCCUGUAAAAUACACCACCGGCGGGAGCCGGCUACUUUGUGUGA